UUGCUCACGAGAGAGCGAGAGAGAGAGAGAGAGCGAGACAGAGAGAGAGUGCGCGCGCGCGCCGAGAUGUUGAGAGAAGCCUAACUGUAUCUCCAAUGCCAUAAUUUAACAGAAGAUGUUUGCAAGAAAAACAUGGAUAAGAUAACUGCUAAUAAGAGGAGCGCAGGGACCGCGAUUCGCACCGAUUAGUCGGCGGAAGGAAUGCUUUGUAGCUCAGAAUCAAGAAACCAAGGAACGACACGAAAACGCGUUCAUGGGUUUCGGGAACAUCCCACGCACGAUGUUCUCUAGGCAAAAUUCAGAAUUACUCACGAAAUGAAACUGUUUGCCUGGAGCUUUUUAAAUGGAGGUGGAAGGUGAAUCUGUGGACAGCGAGCAGGAGUUUUAGUCGCUUCAGUUCCAGAUGUACAAUUUUUUCCUUACCCAGAGACUGUGUCUAGUUGGAAACCAAGUGAUUGCGAGCGAUCGUUGACAGACAUGUGCUGUUAGCAAGAGCAAUAAUUCCCAGCAUAGUGCAGUAAACAGCGCCAGCGGCCAGGGGCUCUGCAAUAAGCGGUUGAUAAAAAAGCAAUAAAUUGUACGGUAAAUAAGUGAUUCAUUGCGCCAUGGGCGACGAGGAGACAAACUUAAGUGGGAACAGCACUGGCGAGUGUCUGUCAUUAUCAACGCGGACAAUACGGCGCGUCGUACGGUUUUAAGUGGAUUGAAGCGGAGACAUUUUUGGUCCACAACUUUUGAAUUAAUUCAAACAACUACACACCAUGUCAAGAAAAGGGUAACAAACCGCCAUUACCUGUUAUCCGUACACUGUGAUUAAUUUCAAAUUAUUUGAAUAUUUUCAUGUAAUAGUGUAUCGUCUUUUAAAAGCACAGAAUAUAAUUGCCUUGGACUUGUUUUUGUUACAUUUCCCUGUUGAAUAUGGAGAAGAGCCAGUUAUGGACAAUAAACUUAUGGACAAUUAUGGACAAUAAAUAAUCUUAUUUUUUGAUGUGCGAGAAUAUAUAGCCAUAAAGCUUUUUUCGAUUCCUUUUAAUAUAUUUAGAUAUUUAUUUGAAUAGAUCUUUUAAUUUGCACUAUGAUGGAACCGCCACCUUGCUCUAAGAAGAGCUUGUCUCUCUCGCUGCCGGUUCCCCGGGAGGGUCAGGCAACCCUCAAGCCUCCGCAGCAUCUGUGGAGACAACCACGGACCCCCAUCAAAAUCAAACACCGCGGCUACUCUGACACUGACCGGCAUCACCACCGACAGAUAGAGCGCUCUAAUGCGAUGGACACGAGUGACCGGCCGGGGCUUAAGAAGUCCCGCAUGUCCUGGCCAUCGUCCUUCCAUGGAACAACUAGUACAUCCAUAGGAAACUGUGUUGGGAAUAAACGUUUCGAUGGAGAGAAUGGACCGUCUCCUGGACGUAGUCCGAUGGAUUUGCAGGCGAGUCCUGGUCUGGUGCUCCACCCCUCCUUCCCCCAGAGUGGCAGGCGUGAGUCCUUCCUGUAUCGCUCUGACUCCGACUACGACAUGUCCCCCAAGACCAUGUCCCGCAACUCCUCCGUUAAUAGCGAGGGACAUGCUGAAGAUCUCAUAGUCACCCCUUUUGCUCAGGUGUUGGCCAGUCUUCGAACUGUCAGAAGCAACUUCACCAUUCUUGCCAAUGUCACGACACCCACCAGCAAGAGGUCGCCAGUGACAAGCCAACCCACCGUUCCCCCAGCAACGCUCUCUGAGGAGACGUACCAGCAGCUGGCUCGUGAGACUCUGGAGGAGCUCGACUGGUGUUUAGACCAGCUGGAGACCAUCCAGACACACCGCUCAGUCAGCGAAAUGGCUUCCAACAAGUUUAAGAGGAUGUUAAACAGGGAAUUGUCUCACUUGUCUGAGAUGAGCCGUUCAGGGAACCAGGUGUCUGAGUACAUCUCCACUACCUUCCUAGACAAGCAGAAUGAGGUGGAGAUCCCAUCACCGACACUGCGUGAGCGGGAGAAGCCCAUGUGCCACAUCAGUGGCGUGAAGAAGCUGACACACAGCUCCAGCCUGACCAGCGCCGCGCUGCCACGCUUCGGCAUCAAGACCGAGCACGAGGACGCGCUCGCCAGGGAACUGGAUGACUUGAACAAGUGGGGCCUUAAUAUUUUUCGUGUGGCUGAGUUCUCCAAUAACAGACCUCUGAGCUGUAUCAUGUUUGCCAUCUUCCAGGAGCGGGAUCUGCUGAAGACAUUUCGGAUUCCUGUGGACACGUUCAUUACCUACGUGAUGACGCUAGAAGAUCACUACCACGCCAACGUGGCUUACCACAACAGCCUGCAUGCGGCUGAUGUCACACAAUCAACACACGUGCUCCUGUCCACGCCAGCACUUGAUGCAGUCUUCACCGAUCUGGAAAUUCUAGCUGCGCUGUUUGCUGCAGCCAUCCAUGACGUGGACCAUCCUGGAGUUUCCAACCAGUUCCUCAUCAAUACCAACUCGGAGCUGGCUCUGAUGUACAAUGACGAGUCAGUUCUGGAGAACCAUCACCUGGCUGUGGGCUUCAAGUUGCUCCAUGAGGAGAACUGUGACAUCUUCCUGAACCUGAGCAAGAGGCAGCGACAGAGUCUACGCAAGCUGGUCAUCGACAUGGUGCUGGCCACAGACAUGUCCAAGCAUAUGAGUCUGUUGGCAGACCUGAAGACAAUGGUGGAGACCAAGAAAGUGACAAGCUCAGGGGUUCUGUUGCUCGAUCACUACACUGACCGCAUUCAGGUUCUGAGAAACAUGGUUCAUUGUGCUGACCUCAGCAACCCCACCAAGCCCCUGGCAGUGUACCGGCAAUGGACAGACCGCAUCAUGGAGGAGUUUUUCAGACAGGGAGACAAGGAGCGUGAGCGUGGGAUGGAAAUCAGUCCCAUGUGUGACAAACAUACUGCAUCUGUGGAGAAGAGUCAGGUGGGUUUUAUUGACUAUAUUGUUCAUCCCUUGUGGGAGACCUGGGGUGACCUGGUGCACCCCGACGCUCAGGACAUCCUGGACACCCUGGAAGACAACCGGGACUGGUACCAGAGCACCAUCCCCCAGAGCCCCUCCCCCCCACCUCUCCCUGACAAUGAGCUCAACUCCUGCACAGAAAAGUUCCAGUUUGAGCUCACCCUGGAGGGAGAGCCAGCGCAGGGGAUGGGGCGUUCUGACCAAAACCACCUCAGAGAUGACCCACAGGAGGAGCAGAAAGACAUGAAGGAAGGGGCAGAUCCUGGCGGAGGUGGGGAGGUGGAGGGUGGAGGAGAAGUGGCAGUGGAGAGGUCUGGGAGGAGGCGAUUGCAGGUCCAGUCAGUGGUGGAGGAGGAGGAUGAGGAGAGGCAUUCUGAUGGAAGUCCCACUGAGGAGGCAGAGGAAGAGGAAGAGUCGUCCUCUCCCGCUGAUGACACGUGAGCUCGGCGGCCUGCUGGCUCAUCGAAAGGGAGUGGAGGAAGCAGGACGUCCUGAAAGAACAUUGUGUCCUUCACCCCCACCCCUGUCUUGUCCACCUUCCUGCGUUGUCAUGGGAAAAUCAUGAACAAAACAAUACUUCUGCACCAACUCAAUAAGAUGUUUCAUUUUAUUUUUCAAAAAAGGGAACAAAUUAAUAUUGCUAGCAGAGAAGUAAUUAACACAGCAACUGUAGAUUUGUAAUGGGGGCUGGGGCCCUUCCAUCAGAAGGUAAAAGUUUGAUUGGAAGAAAAUAAUUUUAACGGAGUUUAAAUGUGGCCAUUUAGAUGGUGUAGCACUCUGUAACUUCGACACAUGCACAUUCACAUAUGUACAUGCACAAGCAUUCACACCUACACACACAUGCCUAGACUCUUGUCCACACACACACCCACACAUCUACACACACAUCUACACACACGCACACACACACACACACACACAUCACUUGCAGGUUUAUCUACCACAUCAGCAAAUGUACCACACAAUAUGUGCACACACCCUAAAUGUGUGUCUGUGUUUGUGUUUUGAGGGGACUCAGAUUUGGAAAGGAUCUCUUUGGAAAAAGCCAUCUCAAAUGGAAUACCAACUAUUAUCCGUAUCAAUAGUCAACUUGUUUUUAACGGAUUCAUAACAGGAACUGAAAUCCUCGGGAAGUGCAUGGUUAGUUCAGUUCGGGGUGACUUUUAUUUUCUGUUUCUGUCGGAAAGAAAACCAUGAGGACACGCCGCUACAGAGCGACUACUGAGGGGACUGUGGGUUGUAGAAGGAAGUGGAGGAAGAGACGUGUGGAAGUAGCAGGCGGCGUGGGCCCUGGCUCCUUGUUUCCCUUUACCAGGAGUGCUGCCAAUAUGAGAUGGCCACGUGCCUUUCUGAACCACCAGCUUCAGGCUCUGGAGCUGCCGUGAAGCAAUGCAUCGUGGGACAGGAGUGUCUGCUUUUGUCUUCAUUACUUUAUUACCUGUUAUCGCUCUCUCUCUCUCUCUCUCCCUCUCUCUCUCUGUCUCUCUCUGUCUCAUUGUCGUUCAAGGUUUCCAUGACUGUUGGAAACAUUGGCGUCGCCUCGUUUCAUUGCAUUAAGUCUUCCUUGGUUGCUUCCGUGCAUGUCAAGCAUUUAGGGGACUCUGAAAUAAGGGCAAGCCCUGGGUGUGGCUCCUGGGCUGAUGUCUCCUGUCACUGUUCAUGCAAACAAGGAUAGUCACUUUUUAAUAAUAAGCCAUGGGACAUUCUGCAUUUGCUUGCUGAAUUACAGUCCCAGCCUGUCAUGAGAAAACCAGGAUCUUUACAAUAGAGACUGGUAGAUUCACACUGACAGUCUCAUGUUCACCCACUGAAAUAAUGCAGUCAUGCUCUAUCACAAAACCAAUAAUAUUCUCAAUUGUGUCUUGCUAAAGAAAUUGGUGAGUAGGUAAUUCAGUGACUGAGAUGUCAGAAGGCGGUGACUGGUGGAGAGGAGGCUGAGUCAGAGACAUGGGCCAGACUUACCAUGCACAGAGAGUCACAUGCAGCCAUUAUUGAGUUUAAUGCUUUUUUGCCUUAACACUGCAGGGUUUUUAUAUAUGUUCCCAUGUUGACUGACGAGAUGCUCUUGACACAUCCCAGAAUAUUUGUUAUGUGUGUAGAUCUGCUAAAUGUCUGUCUGGAUACAUAAUUACUGCAUCAUCUGCACUGAGAAAUCUGUACUAGAGCAGUGUUUCUUGUCAAACACACUGCUGUGAGGUUGUGGGUGUCGCACUACUGUAGAUGGCAGCAUACUCAUGAUUACUGUAGUGCAGCUGUUUUCUCACAAAUGCCAAUAACUGAAGGGGGUCUGGGUGAGAGGUACACAUUUAUGUUUACCGGGUCUCUUAGUUUUGCAUUGGAGUUAUCCCAACAUUAAAAUACUGCCCCAUGUGUGUGUCUCUGAAUGUAAUAGUUGACAGGGAAAUGGUGGGUAUUUCGUGAGAAAAAUCCUCCUCCUCUACAGACGUGGGGACGAGCUGGUUUCUGCUGGUCAGUAGCUUAGCUUUGAGUCUGUGCCUGUUGCUACCUUUGAGGUCACAUCAAUACAAACCCAAUAACAAAAUGUCUGAGUGAGUAAACAAGGUGUGAUCAGAUGAGGUGUGGCUUGUGGCACGGGGCCCCGAUUGAUGGGUGGUGGGGCUGUGACCCAGGAAAGGGGUGAGAAUGAGAAUUUACUGGUCAGAACCGAUGACAUUCCCAUAUGCAUUUUCCUACCUUACCCUAGACAAUACUUUAGUUUGUGACUUUUUGUUAAUGAUGUAAACUCUUAAGCAAACAAAUACUAUUUGCCAUUUUAACACACUACUGUAGCAAUCGUUUCUUAUUAAGAAAUUAUUGAAUUAAUUACUUGCUGCCAUUCUUGUUGGAAUAUCAAAGGGAAAGUGUUUUCUUUGAACAGUUUGUGUACAGUUUUUAUUUUUGUAUCAUCUUGGUUGGUGGUCAUGAUAUUGAAGAUUAAUUACAAGAGAAUAUAAAUAUUAAGAGUUAACAGCUUGUUUUGUAUAUAUUGUAAUGUUGGACUGUAUAUUUGAAAUCACUUGGAAUCAAUCAGUCACUCACUGACGACUUAUCAGUUUUAGUUGUUAUAAAGCAUUAGUAGAAUUGUUGAAUUUGCAAAAGCACCUGCACCCUCUCCCUCUUCUCUGCUCAUCUCUCUCUUUUCCAUUUUCCGUUCAAAUUCACAGAACGAAUCCUCUACCUUCUUGAAUUGCUGUAUAUUAGAAAUGUGUCUGAGAAUAGAAUAAUCAUUGUUAAAUUCUACAACUCGUUUGUACCCGCACUUUAUAUUUGCUGUAGGAUCAUGAGGGAGCCAGUCUGGGGUAAACAGGGCGUUUUCAGGGGACAUGGUAACAGUUGCACAGGAGAUGCACAUGGCUUGGUUAAGCCUUUUCCACCAUAAUGGUACUCUCUCCCUGUUGCAUGACAAAGACAAGCUACCCUGCAUCAGUAAUCCAUGUGAUGGUUGAUCAGUAAUCCACGUGAUGGCUGGUCGGCAAUCCACAUGAUAGCUGCGUCAGUAAUCCAUGUAAUGGCUGAUCAGUGUAGGGUUUUCAGUAUUUUGAGUAAGGGGGUCUUUUAAGAUACUUCCUGACACAGUCAUAAGAUUUGAAGGAUAAUGUGGCUUAAUUAUAAAAAAAAGAUUUCUUUGUAAUUUCAGUUACUUUCCUCAUAUGAGAAUCAUUUAUGGACUGACUCUCUGGGCUUUAAAUAAUGUUACCUGUUCAUAAAUUAUGAUAAAUAAUAUAUAGGAAAAAAACACCAGAAAAUGAUUGUAAUAUUUGUAAAUGACAUUGCUGUAAUGUGUAUAAUGUGUCCAAGUUAUUUUAUAUUAUAUUAUUUUUAUGAAAGGUAAUCCACUGAGAGAAAUAAGGUGUCAUUUUGUGAAUAAAAGGCAUUUAAUAAGCAAAUGGCUAUAUAUAAAACAAAUAUAUAUCAGUAUAUUUUUCUUUUCUUUCACCGUUCAGUACUGUAAAGUGUGUUGAAAAUACAAAUAAAGGAUGAUUUUUUUAAUAAA